AUGUCAGCUGAAAACUCAUUAGAAUCCAUCCCAAAGAUCUUGGAACAAUCUUUACUCCCACAGUACUCCAACCAGGCAGAGAAGACUUUAAAAUCAAUAGAAAAUGAACCAGGGUUUUCUAUCAACUUACUACAUAUCAUUGCUUCAAGCAACCUUUCCAAUUCAAUAAGAUUAGCAGCAGCAUUAUAUUUCAAAAACUUAGUCAAGAGAAAAUGGAUUACUGAAGAUGGCACUAAUUAUCUAUUACCAUUGGAAGAUAUCAACAAGAUCAAAUACGAAAUUAUUGAUGUGAUGAUAAAUUUGCCUAAUCAAUUGCAAAUUCAAAUUGGUGAGGCAAUUAGUUUGAUUGCUGAAUGCGAUUUCCCUCACAAUUGGCCCAAUUUAAUCGAUACUUUAGUUUCCAAGUUAUCAUUGACAGAUUUUGUCAACAACAAAGCAAUCCUUUUGGUUUCUCAUUCAAUUUUUAAAAAAUGGCGACCAUUAUUUCGAUCAGAUGAAUUAUUUUUGGAAAUUAAAUUGGUUUUGGAAAAAUUUGUUGAACCAUUUUUGAAAUUAUUUAUUGAAUUGGAUCAGCUAAUUGAUAAACUGAAGGAUAAUGAAGCACAAUUGGGGAUUUAUUUUGAAAAUUUAUUAUUAUUGAUGCAGAUUUACUAUGAUUUCAAUUGUCAGGACAUUCCCGAGUUUUUUGAAGACCAUAUGAAUGAAUUGAUGAAUAUUGUUCAUAAAUAUUUGGUAUAUGAUAAUCCGCUACUCUUGAAGAAAGAUGAGGAUGAGGAAGUUGAUGUAUUGAUUAAAGUCAAGACUUCGAUUAUUGAAUUGUUGUCGUUGUAUGUAACAAGGUAUGCUGAUGUGUUUGAACCAUUGAUUCAAACGUUUAUCACGUCAGUCUGGGACUUGAUAAAUAACUUUGUCACCAAGCAACCCAAAUUCGACUUGUUGGUGGUUAAAGCUUUGCAUUUCUUAUCAUCCAUUAUCAAAAUCCCCAAUUAUCAAUCACUUUUCCAAAGUGAACAAUCAGUUAAUGAGAUUAUUGAAAAGAUUAUUUUACCUAACAUCAUGUUGAGAGAAAAUGAUGAAGAAACAUUUGAAGAUGAACCUAUAUUAUAUGUGAGGUCGGAUUUGGAAGGAUCUGAUUUUGAUUCAAGAAGGAAAAGUGCUACUGAUUUUUUGAGAGAGUUGAAAGAAUUGAAUAGUGAAUUAUUGACGACAACUGUUAUGAAAUAUGUCAAUCAAUUUUUAAGUUUUGCCACUAAUGAUUGGAAAAACAAAGAUACUGCUAUUUAUUUAUUCAGCUCGCUAGCGACCAAGGGAAGUGUGACAAAUGCCGGAGUUACGUCAACCAAUGUACUUGUUGAUGUGGUUGAUUUCUUUUCGAAAAACAUUGCUCAUGACUUGGAAUCAAACGAAGUGCAUCCGAUUUUACAAGUGGAUGCUAUAAAGUACAUUUUUACGUUUAGAAACCAACUUACCAAAGAUCAACUCCUACUUACUAUCCCCAGACUAAUCAAUCAUUUAGAAGUAAAUUCCAAUGUGGUUGUAUACACUUAUUCGGCAAUAACAAUUGAAAAAUUACUUUCAAUGACCAAUUUCAGCCAGGGCCAUCAACCAGUGUUUAAUAAAAAUGAUAUUGAACCCUUUGCUACUCCGUUGUUGACGAAGUUGUUCAAUUUGAUUUUAAUGAAUAGUGUUAGCUCACCCGAAAAAUUGGCUGAAAAUGAAUUUCUAAUGAAGUGUAUCAUGAGAGUACUCAAUACUUGUGAAGAUUUAUUUUCUGAACGAGUCACCAUUAUUGACCAAUUGUUGCAAAUUCUUAAAAUCACCGCCAAGAAUCCAUCCAAUCCUAAAUUUUCUCAUUAUACAUUUGAAUCUUUGGGGUUGCUUUUCAAAUAUGGAGCGCAACAAGAUCCGAAAAACAUUGAUCAAUAUAUCGACCAUGCCAUACCGGGUCUACUCAAUAUUCUUGCUGAAGAUGUUCAGGAAUAUGUCCCUUACACUUUUCAAAUCUUGGCGUACUUGUUAGAAAAUUAUCCUAAAUCGAAAGGGUUGCCCGAGACUUAUAAAUCAUUAAUCCAACCAUUGAUGUCACCUUCAGUGUGGCAGUUUAAGGGAAAUAUCCCGGGAAUCACUCGAUUACUAAUUUCAAUUUUGGAGCAUGAUCCUAGUUUUUUCAUUGAAGCAAACCAUUUAACUCCAUUAUUGGGAGUAUUCCAAAACUUGCUAGCUAGUAAAGCCAAUGAUUCGUAUGGAUUUGAUUUAAUUCAAAGCAUAUUGUUCAAUAUUCCCUUGACAUCAUUGCAACCGUACUUGAGUAAUAUUGCUCGUUUGAUUUUAACGAGACUACAAAAGUCGCGUACUGAUAAAUUUGUUAAACGAUUUGUCGUGUUUUUAAAUGUAUUGACAACGGUCAAUUUAAGUGAGGAGGUAAAAUACACAAACAGUGAAGCAUUAUCGGGUGGUGAUUUUAUAAUCCAAUUGAUUGAUUCGGUGCAGCCAGGAUUAUUUGGCCAAAUUUAUUCGUCGUUCAUGUUGCCAACAUCUUCGUUAUUGGCUAAUUUACAAGAUAAAAAGAUUGUCAAUAUUGGUAUUAGUUAUUUGUUGACCAAUGCCAAUUUCCAAUCGCAUUAUACGGGGUUGAUUAUUGACACUAUUGAGACAUUGAUUAAAAAUUUGAAUUCAUAUGAAGGCAUUGCCAAGGCCAACAAUAGCACUGGCAACAACAACAAUGGCCACGUUGUUAAUGUAGCCCCUACUACUGCUGGUGGGUCUGGUGGUGAGCCUGGUGGGUUAAAUGAAUUAGAUUCAGAUUUAUCUACAUUUGGAUCGCAUUAUUCGAAACUAGUAUCAAUUUCAAAUUCGUCGUUUGAUCCAUUGACACAAAUAAAGAAUAAUGAUUUUGAUUUGAUUAGGUUAACUGUAUUGACCAAUAUUAAGAAAGUCGAUGGUGGUGUUUUGAAUCAAUUGAGUAGUGAUACUCAAACAGUGUUGCAAAAAAUGGCAUUUUAA